CGAGUUCCUUUUGCAUUAAGGGCGUUCUUCCUCUUGUUUGUGUUUUGAGAGAGGUUGAUUUGGAGGAGAGACCCCCCAUGGGUUUUAUAUAUGAGUUGAUGGAUGCCGCAAAAGAGAAAAUUGCAAGCAAUCUUAACAAAAUGGAGAAAAAAUAUAUGCCUAUUUGGAGAAAGAUAGAACGUAGAUGGGACGAUCAACUUCAUCAACCACUACAUGCGGCGGGCUAUUACUUAAACCCACAAUUUCGAUAUGAGGAUAAUUUCUCAGAUACUGAUGAAGUGCGAAAUGGGUUAUUUGCUUGCAUGGAUAUGAUGCUUGGGAAAGGGAAAGAACGUGAAGAGGCCGAUGUUCAAUUGGAUUUAUUUACUAAUAAGCAUGGUCCAUUUGCGGAUUCUAUGGCUAUGCAAACUAGGAAAAAGCGAACACCAACGGCUUGGUGGGAGCGCUUUGGGCAUAAAACACCCGAGUUAACGAAAUUUGCUAUCCGAGUUCUAAGCCUUACUUGUAGUGCAUCGGGAUGUGAGAGGAAUUGGAGCACAUUUUCAAUGAUUCAUACGAAAAGAAGGAAUAGGCUUGAACACAAAAGGCUUAAUGCUUUAGCCUAUGUCAAGUAAAAUUUGGCUUUACAACAAAGAAGUAAGAAAAGGAUGGAGAAGUAUGAUCCUAUUGUUGUGGAAGAAAUUG